AUGUUAGAAUCUAUUCAAAGGAUCCUGGUUGAUUUUUGGGGAUCGAAAGACCAUAAUGGUGGCGGUAACGUUCGCAGCUUGCAGAGGGACGGUAGAAAAAGGGAAUACGGUAACCUGGAUGACAUAAGAUCGAACACUGUGAAUUACAGCGGUGAUACGAGGAACCGUGAUAUAAGAACCCGCUACAAGCAGCGAUUGGAUAAAAGAAAUAGAGCCAGAAUGCAAGAGGAAGAGAAAAAUAAUAAUCGUGGGAUUGGCACCCGCUAUGGCGAGCAACAAAGAUACGAUAAAAACAGGAUAAGGAAACAAACCACGGACAGACCGGGAAGACUGUCGCUGAUGUGGCGGAGUCUGAAGACAGUAUUCUCGAACGAAGAGCAAGACUUAACGCAAUUUCAAGAGGCAUGUGGUAACGUAAAUGUCAUGAUUCCUCAAAAUAAAAAGCCAAACGGCACAGAAGAGAGACGGCGAUUAAGGGAGCGAAUUGCAAGGAGUGAAGCGUUUAAACGGAAACUGCUGGAAAUCAAAUACGACGAGAACAUGCUGGAACAGAUGAGACGUGGCAGAUCAAGAUUUCCAAGACUUGGUAACAGGAAUUCGGAAGUAUAUAGACAAUCACAGAACAUUUCGGAGGAUCGAAUAACGCUUUUGCAAAGAAGAGUCACAGAGCUUGAAGAAAAUUUGCUGCAUGUCACGAGGGACCUUCAGAUAACCCAAAAGAAAUUGAAAUUCGCACAGGAGAAAAAUACGCUGUUAGAAUCGUUGCUGGAUGACGCAAACAUAGACAGCGAGUAUGUGAAAUCCAAGAGAGACAUGAAAAAUAUUCAACGAGAGAAUCUGAAACCUGAUUCUGAAUUGCCCCCCUCUCCAAGGCGAACAGUGAAUCCACUCUUCACCUCAAGUCCCAUGAGAAAUCCCUCAGCAAACACCAAUACGCAGCCAGAGGAUCCGUCCUUGGCCUUACGAGACGACUUCUAUAACAGAUACCCCAAGAUUCCAGAAACCGAAUCACUCACACAAGCUCAGAAAAGUCAUUCACUGUCGCCCAUUAGGAUAGAUUACUCGAAGUAUUCUGUAUAG